AGGAAUAGUUUGAGGUGUUGUCAACAUUUUGAUCAAUUCAAGUUAAUUAAAGUACGGUACAAGCGGAGACCGAAGAAAUAAAUGCGGAUGGAAAGUGGGAUUCUUGGUUGCCUUUUUUUUUUUUUUUUUUUGGGUGGCUUUGACGCGCGUACUUUGCGCAAGGAGGACGCGCGCUGGUUUGAUGUUGUCACGUUAUGACCACUUUUGGAACGUUUGCACGAGUUUUCAAGUUCACUGGGGGUACAGUGGCAAAAUGCUGGGCGGGUGGCUCUUUUUUUUUUUUUUAAACAUAUAUAAUUGAUGUUUUCCCAUGGAGGAGCCCCUCCCAGCGACGCAACACAUGCAGGUGGAAGGAAUCUUUUGCUUUUUGUGUGUGGGCUGGUGUGGGACUAACAUGAAGAGGGCGAGCCAAUCAAGUCCCUCCCCUGCUAUAGAUCGCUGCUAUAAUACAAAGCGGUAAAAAGCGGGUCGUCUCACACAGGCGGCUGCAGCUCGACUUGAGGAUCCGGCGAGUUUCUUUUUUUUUUUUCCUUAUUAUUAUUUCCUUUCGUUUCACCUCCUUUCAAAGAGAAAAGGAAGAAGAAGAACAAGAAGAAGAAGAAGAGGGCAUAAAACAAGACUCCUUGGAUGUUCUUCCCCUCAUUCUCAUUUCCGCACCUGCCGUCUAAGAGAACCGGAGGGGGGGCGAGCGACAAGGGCACCGAGAGAGAACCGGCAAAGGCGCACCGAGAGGCGGCCACCUCGUGAAGGACACAGACCCCCCUCUCCCUCCUCCUCCCUUCCCCCCCUCCCUCCCCGUUCAUCAACAUGCUGCUGUGGACCAGAAUAGUCCUGGUCGCCGUCGUCUGCUCGUCCUUGGCGGUGUCCCCCGGCAUGGGAUGCGGACCGGGCCGGGGCUACGGCCGCAGGAGGCACAACAAGAAGCUGACACCUCUCGCUUACAAGCAGUUCAUCCCCAACGUGGCCGAGAAGACCCUGGGGGCGAGCGGCCGCUACGAGGGCAAAAUCACGCGCAACUCGGAGCGCUUUAAAGAGCUCACGCCCAACUACAACACGGACAUCAUCUUCAAAGAUGAGGAGAACACCGGCGCCGACCGGCUCAUGACUCAGCGGUGCAAAGACAAGCUGAACUCGCUGGCAAUCUCAGUGAUGAACCAAUGGCCCGGUGUCAAGCUGCGGGUCACCGAGGGCUGGGAUGAGGACGGCCACCACUUCGAGGAGUCCCUCCACUACGAGGGCCGGGCGGUGGACAUCACGACGUCGGACCGCGACAAGAGCAAGUACGGCACCUUGUCCAGGCUGGCGGUGGAGGCUGGUUUCGACUGGGUCUACUAUGAAUCCAAAGCCCAUAUCCAUUGCUCGGUGAAAGCAGAAAACUCCGUGGCGGCCAAAUCCGGAGGCUGCUUCCCAGCAUCCUCCACGGUGACCCUCCAGGACGGCUCCACCAAGCCAAUCAAGGACCUGCAGAGCGGGGACAAGGUCCUGGCAGCGGACGGCGACGGCAAGCUCCUCUUCACGGACUUCCUCACGUUCAUCGACCGCGACUCGACCACGCGGCGGCUCUUCCACGUGGUGGAGACCGACGCGGGCCAUCGGAUCACGCUGACCGCGGCGCACCUCCUCUUCGUGGUCACCAACUCCACCCGCGGAGCUUCGGCGGUGUUCGCCAGCCAGGUGCGGCCGGGCCAGGAGGUACUGGUGCCGUACGGCGCGCGCCUCCGACCCGUGACCGUGGCGCGGGUUUCCACGGUGGUACACGUCGGCUCGUACGCGCCGGUGACCGCGCAGGGCACGCUGGUGGUGGACCGGGUGCUCGCGUCCUGCUACGCCGUGGUGAGCAGCCAUGAACUAGCCCACUGGGCCCUGGCCCCGCUCCGGCUCGCCCAUUGGGUCUCAUCGGUGUUCUCCGGCUCGCAGGCCGGCAACUAUACGCAUGAAGACGGCGUGCACUGGUACUCCAAGGUGCUCUAUCACUUAGGAACGUGGCUCUUGGACCCCCGCGCCUUGCAUCCACUCGGCGUGUCCAGCUGAAACCAGACUUGAGAGCGAGACUCUAUUUCUCUCACACAUACACAUUCACACAUGCACACACAUAUACACACACACACGCAAACGGACAUUCAAAAUAAAUACAAAUAAAAAUACAUGUAGGACUCUUCAGUAGAUUAAAUAAUAAUAAUUAAAAGAGGAAAAAAAACUCGACAAAGGCCCCAUGCAGUUGGAGUCGAUGACGGGAUAUUUAUUAUUUCUGUGACUUUUCGAUAUGAUGAUGACGACGCGUCCCCCCCUUUCAAAGAAUGAAUGGAGCCUUAAAAAAAGAGAGAAAAAGUUUGAAUAAUUUAUUCUCACACGAACUGAUGGCUGCGGUGAAAAGUGUGCAUAAUCUAUUUUUGUAUGUGUCCGAUGCAAGACCGACGAACAACGAAAAGACAAAAAAAAGGUCAAUAGUGGCAAAGAAGACGAAGGUAACUCAUGACAGGUUGUAAUGUUCAUCAUGUGCACGCGCGCACACACGCGCCUGCGCGAGUGUAAGUGUGUGCGUGCGUGUCCAACUGACUGUUAUAUUUGGGGGAAGAAACACACUUGGCGGGGUUUCAUAAAUUAUAUUUUUAUACACAGAAUUGUAAAUUAGAUUUUGACAGAUCGCUACCGAAUUUGAAAUAGUGUAAAGACAUGAGAAUAUAUUUUAAUUUAAAUAGAGUAGUAUUGUGGAAAAAGUGUUGGAAAAUUUUAAAAAACAAAACAAAAAAAAAGAGUAUUUUUUGGGGUUGUCAGAGACGGACAGACAUUCUGCCUCAUGUCUGCAUUCUUGACUUUGUGUUGCUAUUAUUAUUUUUUAUUUGAUUUGUGUUCGUUUUCCUCUGAGAAAAAAAAACAAACAAAAAAAAAAAACAAAUGCAGAUUCUGACAAUUCGAGAACAGUUCCAAGCCGUACUGUUUCAAUGAAUAAAUUGAUAAGUAACUCAUGUAAAUGUACUAAAUAUGUAUUUUUCUUUUUCCUCCAUAUUUUCAGUUGUAAUAAUAGUCAUAGGGAAAUAGUUUUAAAGAGAUGCAGUUUGUACACACAGACACACACAUACGAUAUAUACAGUAUAUAUAUAUACAUAUAUACAUACUAUAUAUAUAUGUAUACUGUAUAUAUGCGGCUAGUAGUUAACUUUCAUAACAGGGCGAUGAGUCGACAACAAAUGUCUAGAGUUUAUUAUUUAUAUGUUUAUUACGAAAAAAUUAUGAUAAAGAAAUUGUGUUCAAA